AUGAAGUGGCCUGGGGAGGACCCCAAUUUGAUAAAUUUAAGUAAUCAACCGACAGCACACGGUCACAAUCCACCGCGAACUCAAGAUGAUGCCAUGAUAGGUUACGUUUUUCAAAGGGGAGCUGGAGAGCAACCAGAAUUUCCACCUAAUAACAUACCUCUACCUGGAAAAAUACCAGCUCGAUGGGCGCUCGGAAAUGAAGAAUUGGUUCAGAAUCAAUUGGAUUAUUUAAGUGUUAUCCCUCUUUUACUUCCAAUAUACCUAUUAUUACUAGCUGCUUGUUUUUUUUGUCAACAUGAGGAUAUAGUUAAAGAAAAUCACCAACAACAGCAUCCGAGUCAAGAGCAAAUGAUUUUCAUGAACAGUGAAAUGGCCAUGAUGACGCAGCAUCAUCCGGGAUUACCAUUGCCGCCACACAUGCAACCGAGACCGAUUGCUCCAUCAGCCAAAAAAUUAUGGGGUGUUGAAGAACAAAGGGAUGACAAAGGAUUGUUGCAUCUCAGUGAUCACCAAAUGUGGAGAGAUUCCACUUGGAGUAUAGCUGAUCAUGCAGUGUCACAGCCUAUAUCAAUGGUUCCUAGAAGAUCGGGAAGUUUUCCUGGUAGCGACACUGCAAACAUGUUAUCACCGAGAUCAUCUGAUACUGGAGGCCUCGGCGUCAAAAUGGUCGAAUACGUUUUGGCCACAUCGCCGACAAAUAAGGAUCAUUUAGAAUCGAGAAUGAGAAAUUUAGUAUUGAACUCUACCGAUGGAGAUAAAAAAGAAAAGGAACUUAACGAAAAUUCAACAAAUUCUUACGAAACCAAAAAGGAUGAUGUAAAUGGUAAUAAUUCAGGUCAAGCAAAUGGCCACGCUUCUAAUGGGUUGCCAGACGACGAAAAAACUUUUAAUCGGACUCCCGGUAGUCGUCAACCCUCGCCGGCAGAAGAAGAAAUAAAUAAAAACAAUGGCGGAGCCAUGACGUUGCAGCCGGCCGCGAUCAUGGCGCAAAAAGCUGCUCAAAUGGAGCACCUCCACAUGAUGAGACACAUGAACGGUUUGCAUCCCGUUUUGGCUUUGCAAGCUCACCAACAGCAGCAAACGAUGCAAAAUGGAAAUUUGCUCCCGGGUCCUCCUCCGGUCCCCCCCCAUGACAACUUGAAUCAACACUUUGAACACGCCGUUCACGCUACUCUCGAGCAAAAUUUCGAUCCAUCGAGUUAUGCGAGCGGAAUCGGAAAUGGAACGCCGACGGUUCUCGCGGGUGCUUCCGGCGGAAUGGAUUCACCCGGAAAUGUUGAUUACCAAUUAGUAUUUGCCGUAACGAAUUGUUGUGCAUAUGCGACAACAUAA